AUGGUAAGGAAUGAAAUUGGAAAACAAGAUGAAAUGGAAGAAGAGGAGGAGGAGAAGGAAGAGGAGGAGGAGGAGGAGGAAGAGGAGGAGGAGGAUAGAAGUACUGUUGUAAGGUUGGAACUGGUGGCGAUGACGAUGGUGGUAGCGGCAAUAUCUUUGAAGUCUAAGGCGGCAUUUUGUGGAUUAUUAGAGGUGCGGCAGCGGUUGACAUCAAAAGACCUCUCACUUCUCCCUUUUCUCGAAACCUCUAUUGAACAUAUUUCUCAAUUUUGA